GAUGGAUGAAGAUGCAACGGAGAUCCCAUGGGAGACAGAUGCACAUGGCGAAGGGAUCCUGUGGGAAGUGGAUGCAUAUGGAGAAGCAAUCCCAUGGGAAGUGGAUGCAGAAGGAGAAGGGAUCCCAUGGGCAGUGGAUGCAGAUGGAGAAGGGAUCCUGCUGGAUGUAGAUGCAGACGAGGCAGACAUCCCAUGGGAAGUGGCCGCAGACGCAGCAGGGAUCCCCUGGAAAGUGGCUGCAGAUGGAGCAGGGGCCCUGCUGGAAAUGGGUGCCGAGGAGGCGCCGGAGGGCGCCGAGGGCUCGGGACAGCCGAGCCUGUCCCUGGAGGAGCUGGGCGACCGCUUCCAGGAGUGCAUCGAGGCCGUGGCGCGGCUGGAGCAGGAGCGGGACGAGCUGAUCCGGGAGCUGUCGCGGCUGCGCGAGCCGGCGCUGCAGGAGAUCCGCCGGGCGCACGAGGAGAUCCUGGCCGCGCACCGGCUGCUGGCCAAGGCGGAGCUGGAGCGGGACAACCUGCGGGACGAGAUGGGGCAGGUGAAGCGGCAGCUCUUCAAGGUGACGAGGGAGUGCGUGGCCUGCGAGUACCGGCUGCAGAGGCAGCGGCAGGAGCUGGACCAGGCGGCAGCGGCGCGCGGCGAGCUGGAGGCACGCGCCGGGCAGCUCUCCGAGGAGCUGGCGCGGCUGCGGGAAUGCUGCGGGAAGGAGGCCGAGGCGGCCAGGCAGCGGCUGGAGGCGCCGCCGGAUUCCCGGGACGUGCCCUUCCUGCAGGAGAGCCGGCGGCUCUCGGCCGCCCUGGCGAGCCUGGUGGCGCGGAGCCGCCGCGGGCUGGAGGAGCGCUACGAGCCGCAGCUGCUGCGGCUGCUGCAGCGGCGCGAGGCCGGCGCGGCGGCGCUGCGCCCGCUGCACGCCGAGCUGCACGCCCUGCGCGACGCCCUGCGGCCGCUGCAGGCCGAGGCCGCCCGCCUGCGCCGCUGCAACGGCAGCCUCGAGGAGCAGAUGGCCCUGGCCAAGCGCAAGCGGGAUGAGGAGGUCCGGCAGUACCGGGAGCAAGUGGAGGAGCUGGAGGAGCGGCUGAAGGAGCUCAGGAACGGCGUGCAGCUGCAGCAGCGCAAGAACCAGGAGCUGCAGGAGCUGCGGAGCAGCCUCCACCAGGAGCUCUCCAUCUACAAGGGCUGCUUAGAAACCUACGGCCACCUCUGCAAAUCAGAAGGGAAAGCAGAGGAGUACGAGGAAUGACGGCUCUUCCCGUUUUUGCCAAAAGCCAAGGAGAGGGGCAGCUGCAGGGGCCGUUUCCCCCUUGCUUCCUACCCACCUUUUGCCAAGCAGCUGCCAGAAAGCGGGACUACUUGACAAAUACGUGUUUGGAUUUCGUGGGGUGCUGCUGUUGAUGGAAGAAAGCUGCUUUUCCACAGAGGAGCAGGGAAAAAGAGACUUGCACUGAAGCUAGAUAUAUAUAUAUAUAUAUAAGAAUCGUGGAUGGAUGUUUUGCUGUGAUGGGAAAAUGUAUCUUGUCUUGUUUCCUAGAUGAGUGUAGAAGCCUGUGCAGAAAGCACCGUGCUGCAAGCCAGGUGCAGGGGGUGAUUUUUAAAGUUUACAUGCAAGAGAAGCUUCAUCCUUUUAAGGGGAAUUUUCUUUUGUAGUUCAGUGGGUCUCUGCUGUAUCGUGACAUGUUCAACG